AUGGUAUCGUCGCGUUCCGUGCUAUUAUGUGUACGUUCGAUCCACACAUCAUGUCGCAUGAACAAAAGAGGACCACUGACAAUCGAUGGUUGGUAUCCACGUGAUCACAUGCCGGAUGAUUAUCCAAAAAAUGAGGAAGAGCGACGAGCAGCGGCGAUAAAAUAUGGAAUGAGGCUAGAAGAUUACAAGCCGUAUGACAAAGACGAUUGCUAUAAGUACGCAGGAAAUUAUCCAGAUUAUGGAUGCGUUACAUAUGACCAUAAGGAUCCAUAUGAAAACUGGAGCGAUCCACACUAUCGAAGAAACUGGGGAGAAGGAAUGGACAUCCAAGCGAUAAUGCACACAUCUGAUCGUGAUUCCUACACCGGUAUUGAUGAUGAGGAAACUUCAAUUUAA